UCGUCGCUCCUCUCUCUUCUCCCUCCCUCGUUCAUUUCAGUCUGGGCCUGUAAAUUUUUUUUGGUCUUCCCCAACUCAAUCGAAGGAUUACGUGAAAGGAAGGAAAGAAGAAGGAAGAAAGCCAAACCCCUAACAACUAAAGCAAGUAGCAGUAGGAGUAAUUAAUUUAUAUUUUUCGAAUUCCGUUCUGAUCAUUACGACUAUUAGUCACUUGUGGAGAAGAAAACAAUAAUAUGGCCAGACGAUCCCUAAAACCGAUCCUCCACCACCUCCUCCGCCCCUCCCGCCUUUCCUCUGCCCGAUCCGUCACCUACAUGCCUCGUCCCGGCGACGGCGCUCCCCGUGCCGUCACCCUCAUUCCUGGUGACGGAAUCGGCCCCCUCGUCACCGGCGCCGUCGAGCAGGUCAUGGACGCCAUGCACGCCCCCGUCUACUUCGAGAAAUACGACGUCCACGGCGACAUGAAGAGCAUCCCCCCCGAGGUCAUCGACUCCAUCCGCAAGAACAAGGUCUGCCUCAAGGGCGGCCUCAAGACCCCCGUUGGCGGCGGCGUUCACUCCCUCAACGUCCAGCUCCGCAAGGACCUCGAUCUCUACGCUUCCCUCGUCCACUGCUUUAAUCUCAAGGGCCUCCCCACCCGUCACAAUAACGUCAAUAUCGUCGUCAUUAGGGAGAAUACCGAGGGCGAAUACUCCGGCCUCGAGCACGAGGUCGUUCCUGGCGUCGUCGAGAGCCUCAAGGUGAUGACAAAGUUCUGCUCUGAGCGAAUCGCUAAAUACGCCUUUGAGUAUGCCUAUCUCAACAAUCGCAAGAUUGUUACUGCCGUCCACAAAGCCAACAUUAUGAAACUUGCUGACGGUCUUUUCUUAGAAUCCUGUCGCGAGGUUGCCAGCAAAUACCCCAGUAUCAAGUACAAUGAGGUCAUUGUGGACAAUUGCUGCAUGCAACUCGUCUCCAAGCCAGAGCAAUUUGAUGUCAUGGUCACUCCAAACCUGUAUGGGAAUCUUGUGGCAAAUACAGCAGCUGGUAUUGCUGGAGGCACUGGUGUCAUGCCUGGAGGUAAUGUUGGGGCCGAUCAUGCUGUUUUUGAGCAAGGUGCAUCAGCUGGAAAUGUGGGGAAUGAGAAGGUAGUGGACCAAAGGAAGGCUAACCCCGUGGCUUUGCUUCUUUCAUCAGCCAUGAUGUUGAGACAUCUGCAGUUUCCAUCAUUUGCUGAUCGACUAGAAACUGCAGUGAAACGUGUAAUAGCAGAGGGUAAAUACAGAACUAAAGAUCUCGGUGGAGACAGCAACACCCAAGAAGUUGUGGAUGCUGUCAUAGCAAAUCUGGACUAAGCAUCUGCAACCUCUCUCUCGGACUGUUAAAUGGAAGAAUCAUUCUUGUCAUGUAUUUACACAUUAGCCUUGUGUCAAUUUUGAGUUUUUUUUUUACUUACGUUGCUCUGUUGCAGCAUUUGCGGUGGUGAUGUGCUAUUCUUUGGAGUAAAUCUGUUUAGCCUUUGACUCGGAGUUACCGGAAUAAGAAUGAAAUAACAAAAGUUUUACUA